GUUCACCUAUUCUUCCGCUCCAUCUUCUCUCCCAUAAUACACAAAGGAUUCAAAGGAAGCUGCAGUUAGGUCUAACAAUGGAUCCCAACACUAACAGCAAUGAAGUGGCCCAUGACUUCCCUCCCUUCUUCCGUGUCUACAAAGACGGCAGAGUCGAGAGGCUCCUCGGCACCGAAACUGUACCGCCCACCACCGAUCCCCUCACCGGAGUCCAGUCCAAAGACAUCACAAUCUCACCCGAAACCGCCUUGUCCGCCCGCCUCUUCCUCCCCAACACCACCACCUCCGCCGUCGCCCACAAGCUUCCCCUCCUCAUUUACAUCCACGGCGGCGCCUUUUGCGUCGAAUCCCCCUUCUCCCCUAUUUACCACAACUACGUCAGCUCCGUAGCCGCCGAAGCAAACGUCGUGGCAGUGUCGAUCCACUACAGAAGAGCUCCGGAGCACCCUCUUCCUAUUGCGUACGAGGACACAUGGGCGGCGAUGCAAUGGGUUGCUGCACACAGCAAGGGCGAUGGGCCCGAGGCUUGGCUGAAUGAUCACGCGGAUUUUGAGCGAGUUUUCUUGGCCGGAGAUAGCGCUGGAGCUAACAUCGCUCACAGCAUGGCGAGGCGGGCCGGCGUCGACGGGCUACUGGGGUUCAAGAUCGUAGGGAUGGCGAUCGUCCACCCGUAUUUUGGGAGCGGUGAGCCUGGCAAAUUGAUAGAGUUUAUUUUCCCGACAAUGAGUGGGCCGGAUGACCCGAGUAUCUACCCGGCUCCGGAUCCGAAAUUGCGGAGCCUGGGGUGUUCGAGAGUGCUGGUUAUUGUUGCUGAGAAAGAUGAGCUGAGGGAUAGGGGAUGGAAUUACUAUGAGUCACUGAGGAAGAGUGGGUGGGGUGGGGUGGUUGAGUUUGUGGAGACACAAGGGGAGAACCAUGUGUUCCAUUUGUUUAACCCAAAUUGUGACAAGGCUCUAGCCCUCUUGAAACAGAUGGCUUCUUUCUUGAACCAGCCUGCUCUCCCAUGAGCUUUUUAAGUAUUUAUUAUUUUCUUUUUCCUGGGGUACGGAACUAUUAGCAAAUUAUGGGUUUAAUUAACUGGUUGUAUUACUGCAUUUUUAUGCUCUUAUAAUCAUAUCAUAUUUAGAUACUUAUUUGGGUUUUGUAGUACCUGGUGAAAAUUUAAUGGGGAAACUAAUAUUUACCUUUCCUCAUGUCA